GAGUAGACCAAACGAAGUGAUCAUCCCAUCCAUGUCCAUAUCCGUAUGACCAAAACACUCUUUCAAUCCCGAAGAUCGCUGGAUGGCAAUACAAUAAGUCAUACCGUGGUAACUGGCGCGUGCUGGACUAUCUCCACUUACUCGAUCUCACUCGGAGCUACUAUCCUUGGGGCGUCAAAAACCCAUCGUUCAUUGAUAUGGCGAACUUUGAUCCGUUUGCCAAACAGGCUUAGAAGCCUAGCCUCGAGCCUUUCCUUUCUGAUGUACCCUGUUAAGUCAGGGCUGAUGGUGUUUUGAACGGACCCGCUCAUGGUCAAGGUUGGCUAGUAUGGCCUGGAUGUAAAAGGGAAGAGGCAAGUUGAUCUGAGCGCGGGGCGGAGGGCAGGUUCUCAGCUCUCUCAAUACGGUUAUAGGCAAAAAGAAACAAAUCCUGGCAGUACAAAGGGGGCGCAGAGCCUCUGAAAGUUGUGAGGCUGUGACGACGCGAUCCGGGCGCUGAUUGAUGGUCGUCUCGAUUCCGACUUGUGCCCUUGUUUGUUCCCAAAAUCACCCGGAAAGUUUGACGGGCGCAAGAAUCACAGCCCGACAAGCUGGUUAAGCCAGUGAGGCUAGCAAUGGCUUGAAGGAUCCAGUCACCUUCACCCCGGUUGGGGUACG